AUGGGGCGAGGAGGAAGAGAGGAGCGAGAUCGGACGGAGAGAGGAGGGGAAAAGGAGAAAGAGUGGAGGGAGAGAGGAUGGAGUGAGGAGGGGGAGAAGAGUUCGAGCGGACGGGGAGAGGUGGGAGAGAAAAGCGAGAGAGGAGGGGUAGAGGAGGAGGAGAGGCAGGAGAGAGGAGGGAAACAGAGCUUUGGAGGAAGAGGGGAGUAUGAGAGGGGAGGGGAGGAUAAGGUGGAGGAGGAGGAGGAGGAGGAGGAGGAGGAGGAGGAGGAGGAGGAGGAGGAGGAGGAGGAGGAGGAGGAGGAGGAGGAAGAGGAGGAGGAGGAGGAGGAGGAGGAGGAGGAGGAGGAGGAGGAGGAGGAGGAGGAGGAGGAGGAGGAGGAGGAGGAGGAGGAGGAGGAGGAGGAGGAAUAG